AAAACCAAUAUCUUGACCAAGUUAAUAAAUGAUAAAGUCAAGAUUGGAACCAGUUUGAUUCUAAAGACUGAGUUCUUAACCACUUAUAUACGACCACACCAACUAGCAUAUUCCCCAUCAAUAUUUUGAAUACAUAUUCAUACACACACACAGAGGUAAGAAUUCUGGUAUGAUUAUUUUCCAUAUGUGAAAUCAAAAGCUACACAGUCUCCCCACCUCAUUCCCCUCUUCUUCUUUGCCUGUUUGCUUCUUUUCCCCACUAGUCUAGGUGGGAUUUUUGUUGUUGUUUGUUUGUUUGUUUGUACUGGGGGUUUAAUUCAGGUGUACUGCUUAGGGCUAAAUUGCUGAAACUGGCUUGGAUCUCCUAAUCCUCCUGCUUCAGCCUCCAGAAUGGCUGAGAUUACAGGCCUGUGCCACCAUAUCCUGCUGGGUAUGAACUCUUUGAGCCCAGGGAACCCAGGUCGGGGGUCCUCCACAGCUUGAGUUACAAUGAAGGAACUGAAGUCCAAGACGUUAAUGCUGUGGAGUCUGGGGAGGACUAGGGGGUGCUCACAGGGGGCCUGAGUACUGGUGGGGUAAGAAAAGCUGAUUGCUCCAGUUGCCGGGGUCAUAACUUCUCUUUAUCCCACCUUGAGUUCAAAAAAUAUGGUUAGGACAUAGCUGUUACUAGAAGGCAGAAGAAAAGGUUCCAGCCCCACUGAGGAAGGGGUAGGUGGUGUUGGUGGAGCCCUAUGUGACUUUACAGCCGCCCUUCCUCUCUUCGGUUAUUUUUGGUCUCUGUGACCCAAGGUUUCCUGUUAGUGGGAACAGAAAAGUGUUAUCAUCGCAGAAAUGAAUGCCAGGAGUCCAACAACCCAUUCCCCGUCUCUUUUCCGUUGGCCCUUGAACCUCUCAGAAAUCCAGCCAUCUCGAUUUGGGGAGCUGCGUUAACGGUGGCACUCCUUCAAGUUAUUUUGAAUUUUAUAACCUGUCCUCCGGAACCCCACGUGGGUCGGGCAUUCCUCAAAAACAAGUGAGUGCUUGCCUCUCCAGAACCAGUUUGCCCACCACCAGUCCUUACGUGCGGGUUUUGGUGCUGAAAUGCGGACGACUCGGCCCACACCAUGAGCAGGGGACCCUGCAUCACGUGUGGCUGUAUCCAGUCAGUCGCUUCAGGACCCUUCUUACGCAUGCGCCCCACUCACUGCCCGUCCGGAACAAUGCUCUAAGUCCCGCCCAAGCCUUCUGGCCCCACCCCCUGCUCUAGGAGUCCUGCGUCCUCGUUGGCUAGCUAGGGAUUGGAUGUUGGCUCGCUUGGCCAGGUGUAGACAUCCCCAAAGAUAAUUCAUACCCUGGCCGGUGCGCGUCUCCAUUUCCACCUCCUGGUCCCUAAUCGAACGUUUGGGGGCCCGCCGCUAACGAACUGGCCCUUUCCUGGACCCUCAGCUGCAGGCCAGCCGGGCUGCGCCUCCGUGCGCUUGUGACCGAGGCUAGCACGGGCCUGGUCUCCCCCCUCCCCCGCCUCACUAAGACCGUACCCCUUGGGAAAAGGCGCAGGCGCCUCACGCCGCCUGAUCUGUACCUUUCUCUUUACCCGAAUUUGCACCCCACCCCGCGCUUGGUUCCGAGCCUCCCAGCAGGGUGGGCAUACACUGGUGGAAGUCUAGAGCCCGGCUCCUGCAGGGACUGGCUCUUAGUGGCGGCAGCCCUGUUCCUACCCAGAUGGCUCGCGGGGCCGAGCCCCCCGAUGGGGGCUGGGGAUGGAUGGUGGUGCUCUCAGCCUUCUUCCAGUCGGCACUGGUGUUCGGGGUGCUUCGCUCCUUCGGAGUCUUCUUCGUGGAGUUUGUGGCGGCGUUUGAGGAGCAGGCAGCGCGCGUCUCCUGGAUCGCCUCCAUUGGAAUCGCGGUGCAGCAGUUUGGGAGCCCCAUAGGCAGUGCCCUGAGCACGAAGUUCGGGCCCAGGCCUGUGGUGAUGACCGGGGGCAUCUUGGCCUCGCUGGGUAUGCUGCUCGCUUCAUUUGCUACCUCCUUGACCCACCUAUACCUGAGUAUUGGACUGCUCUCAGGCUCUGGCUGGGCCUUGACCUUCACUCCGACCCUGGCCUGCCUGUCCCGUUACUUCUCUCGUCGUCGAUCCCUGGCCACAGGGCUGGCACUGACAGGAGUGGGCCUCUCCUCUUUUGCAUUUGCCCCCCUCUUCCAGUGGCUACUCAACUACUAUGCCUGGCAGGGGGCUCUACUGCUGGUAUCUGCCCUCUCCCUCCACCUGGUGGCAUGUGGUGCUCUCCUCCGCCCACUAUCCCUGACUGAGGACACAGUUAUGGGUGGCCCUGCAGCCCAACUCACCUCCCUCCUCCAUCAUGGCCCCUUCCUCCGUUACACUGUUGCCCUCACCCUGAUCAACACUGGCUACUUCAUACCCUAUGUCCACCUGGUGGCCCAUCUCCAAGAUCUGGAUUGGGACCCACUACCUGCUGCCUUUCUACUCUCUGUGGCUGCUAUUUCUGACCUUGUAGGGCGUGUGGCCUCUGGGUGGCUGGGAGAUGCAGUCCCAGGGCCUGUGGCACGGCUUCUGAUGCUUUGGACCACCCUGACUGGGGUAUCACUGACCCUGUUCCCUGUGGCUCAGGCUCCCACAGCCCUAGUGGUUCUGGCUGUGGCCUAUGGCUUCACAUCAGGAGCCCUGACCCCAGUGGCCUUCUCCGUGCUGCCUGAACUGGUGGGGACUGGAAGGAUUUACUGUGGCCUAGGACUGGUGCAGAUGGUAGAGAGCAUCGGGGGGCUACUGGGGGCUCCUCUGUCAGGCUACCUCCGAGAUGUGACAGGCAACUACACAGCUUCUUUUGUGGUGGCUGGGACCUUCCUUCUUGCAGGGAGUGCAGUUCUCAUCACUCUGCCCCACUUCUUCUCCUGCUUUUCAGCUCCUACUACCAGGCCUCAGGACCUUGUAAUAGAGGCAGUGGAUACCAAAGUCCCCCUGCCUACGAAGGAGGGGCUGGGAGAGGACUGAAUUCCACUAAGAGAUAGUCCCCAAAAGCCAGAUCUUGACAGCUCCAGAUUUUCUCCUGCCCAAAGGAGGCAUCCACAGAACCACAGUGCCUUAAGAUUCUUGAUCUUUCUCGCCCCAGAACAGGCCUGGGACUCCUCCAAUGUGUGUGCCAACCCUUGGUAUUUUGCUGAGGACUCACAUUUCUUCUCAUUUGCUCUCCCAACCUUUUCUGAAGGAUCCAGAGAUCCUACUCCAUUAAGCUGUGAAUCAACUGAAAAUCAAAGACCAAGAGACUUCUCAUGUUUUACAUGUGAACUCCAGUGUCCUCCUAAGUGUCCUCUCUGAAGACAGAUGUUUGAGAAGCAAAGGUGUCUGUUUGAGAUAAAACUGAAUAAGGAAACCGGACAAUAAUUGUAACCUCAAAAAGAACCAGGGCCCAUGUGUGGGUUGGCUUAUGAAAUCAGGGCAGGGGAGGGGAGAUGUCCAGGAGCUGUGAUGAUUCUGAGUUCCUCCCUCCUGUCCACUUACCUACCUCUUCCCCACCUGGGGCUUAGAAAUUAAGGGAAUGGUGAAAUCACAGAGUGUAUGUGUGUGGGAGGGUAGCUUGUUUAGGAAGGGGAAGAAAGGCUGAUAGAGAUGAAGUUUGGACCUAGGAUUCUCAUAUUUCCCAGGAAAAUAAAAGGAGAUUGAAAUGCUG